AUGUCGUGCGUACCACCAAACGCGAACAGCGUCCAACCAACUCACACAACGCCUUUUAGAACGCUUUCAUUGCAGAACAACUGGCUAAAACUCGUUUUCCUCCUCAUCUCGAUUGAUGCCACAAGCGGACAUCCCUCCCCGCCGCUCGAGCUUACUCGACGCAACCACGACCUUUCAAAGAGAGCAUUACCCAAGCGAACGGCGACUUAUAUUGGCGUUGUGGUAGGGAUCGUUGGAACGGCCUUUGUCGUGACUGCCUACAUCUGUUGGGACCUCAACCGUCGACGGAGACACAGCAGACAGCGACAGAUGGAGGAAGAGCGCUAUCCACGACCGCCCAUGUCCUAUGACCACUUCCCAGUAGAGCCAGGAGACGAGGUACCGGUCAUUUCGAGGCCUGCGCCUGUCAUGGCCACUUCAAGCCGUCCGAUCACCAUCCCACCACCACCAGAGGGGCUUGUAUACGAAUACGGACAAGAUGUCGUCCUAGGUCCGCCCACAACCACAAAGCACCGGGGGAGCAUGUCUCCCCCGCCAGGGCUGGAGACUGCGGUUCAAAGACCCUCAGCGAACGUUCCCAGCCCGUCAUCCUCUCGACCUCCCACCGCCUCUGCUCCUCCGGCAUACACACCUCCAGGUAGCGAAGACCAUUUAACGGCCGGAUCAAUACCCGUGCCGUUACCAUCGCAUCAACCAUGA